AUGUUAGCCUUGAAGGCGUUAGCCGAGCAGUUUGCAGAGCCGCACUUAACUCCGGACGAAAGCGGUCUCAGCCGAUUUCCGCAAAGUCGUGUCAACCGGAAUCUCCAUGUCGAUGCUUCCUCAACCGGAAUCGUCAUCUCUCGGCUAUUAAGCACAAAUACGAUCCGGAAGCCACCGUCUACAGGCAGGACAUCUUUUCUCCUCUCGGGAUCUCAGCUUGUCCGAGGCCUAGGCACACUGACGCAGGCUUUUGCGAAAACCGAGGCAGACUGUGUCGAUAUGUGUCUGGGGAAAGAGCAGGAGGGGCAACCCGCUUGUCGUCGUUGUGAUGGCAUCUUGGCAAGAGCGGAGAUGAUUAAGGCUACUCCGAGAGCAUCCUCAGAGAUCAGCGUCAUCCUUGACUUCUUUCUCAACGGGAAAAAGAAGCGUCCAAGGAUAUAGCAUUCUUCAAGCAAGAUGCGACGCGGUAUGUACUUACUCUAAGAUGAAGCUUGGUCCUGGCGACCCAGAACCAGAAGCCAUCGAUCGCGGCCUCACUCCAGCAGAGCCUGUUGCAGAGCCUGUUGCAGCAGAGGAGACGAUGAAGGCAGAGAGCUUGGCGUUGGCUGCGGAUGAAGAGCUUCAGGAUCCGACGCUCUCCGAAGCGGACCGCGCAGCUUUGUUGAAGGAGCAUGCACGGGACAACGAGCCGGCGGCGCCGCGAGAAGACGGCAUACGGCAGGACCGGCCUUCCGAGUGGCAGUGUGCGGCGGGGAAGUAUUUGGAGCGAGGGCCUUUUCGGCGCUUUGCGUGGAACGACCCUGCUGUCGCGAUCGCAACGAAGGGUGAAGUACGUUGCAGCUCCAUCGGGCGGCAUAACUUGCCCGGCGACUGUGCGAUUAUGGAGCGCGGGUUGGCGGAGCGCGUCUGCAUCGCGACGCCCGGUUGUGAUGGCAUUACAGGCCAACAGGGAUUAAGGCUUGAGGAAAUCCAUCUUCCCCAGUAUCUUGGCAUUCCUCUCUGUGAAAGGAACAAAAGAGGCACGAAGAUGCUCACCAAGAUGGAUUUCUGCAAUGUCUAAAGGGAGUGUGGUACCUACGGGACGGCAAGGGUCCGAUCCGCGAUGCGCUUGGAUGGGCAGUGUGCAAAGCGCCAGAAAAUAGGCCAAAAGCGGAACUACCUAUAAUUGUGGGACCAGAUGCAAUGCCGAUCGAGAGCGGAGUCGGACUUUUAGGAAUGGUUGUCGCUUGGUACUCUAGCAGAGCGGAGGCAGAAAUGGAACCUCGUAAAAGCAUCAAGCGUAAAACUAAAAGGCACCACUGCAUUAGAAAUGAUUGCGACUCUCAUGCUUUUUGGUCAUGAAAUUCACGGUCGUAAGUGCAAGCUGGCUUUAUAUAUUCAACCACGCGCUACAUGACGAGACAUCUUCGUAGAGUUCCUUGUCUUCGUUUUUUCUUGUCGUUGUCAUAGAUGACCUUGAUGUUUUAUAGCACGAUACCAAAGAAGUAAGCACGGUUUUUUUCAGUCAUUCAGGAGGAUUCGCAUUCGUUUUGUCUUCGCGGUGCGCCUACACGUAACUGGGUACUCUAUGGCUUGUUCGUUCGUUUGUUUUUUUUGGAUUUAUCGUCUUUUCACCCACCUCGAUGAUAGGUACAGGCUUCGUGACAAAGUAACCAAUUUCUCGAUAUCGUUUGCUAAGUAAAAGUGCGUACGUUACUCGACUUUAUGCUCAUAC